AUGGCACCUUAUGUGGAGGAGCCGAACGACGAGGCGUCCUUUGCGCCUGCCAAACCAGCUCCCAAUCUGGUAGCCCCAGAGCCAGAACACUGCCCUGGUCCCGAGUCCGAGAAAGCUGGCCAAGGUGAUGCCUGCGCUGGCUGUCCCAAUCAACAGAUCUGUGCCUCCGCGCCCAAAGGCCCCGACCCCGAUAUCGCAAUCAUCACCGAGCGACUCUCUCAGAUCCGACACAAGAUCCUCGUCCUCUCCGGUAAAGGUGGAGUAGGAAAAUCUACCUUUUCGACCCUCUUAUCCCAUGCUUUCGCCGCAAACCCAGAGUCAACCGUCGGAAUUAUGGACACUGAUAUCUGUGGCCCAUCUAUUCCGAAGAUGAUGGGUGUGGAAGCAGAGACUAUCCAUAUUAGUAACGCGGGUUGGAGUCCGGUGUGGGUGACGGAUAACCUGGGUGCCAUGAGCGUGCAGUUCAUGCUACCCAACCGUGACGAUGCCGUCAUCUGGCGCGGACCCAAGAAAAACGGUCUCAUCAAGCAAUUCCUCAAGGAUGUGGACUGGGGCGAGCUGGACUACCUGAUCGUCGACACCCCUCCUGGAACCUCAGACGAGCAUCUGUCGGUCAACUCUCUGCUGAAGGAAUCUGGGGUUGAUGGUGCGGUUGUCGUCACUACCCCGCAAGAGGUUUCCCUGCUGGACGUGCGAAAAGAAAUCGACUUUUGUCGCAAGGCAGGUAUCCGUAUCCUCGGUCUCGUCGAGAACAUGUCCGGAUUCGUGUGCCCAAGCUGCACACACGAGUCGCAGAUUUUCCGCGCCACGACAGGUGGAGGUCGCCGGUUAGCAAAGAAGAUGGGGAUUCCGUUCUUGGGAGCUGUGCCUUUGGAUCCCCGUGUUGGAAUGGCGUGUGACUACGGCGAGAGCUUCGUUGAAAACUUCCCCGACAGCCCUGCAUCCAAGGCCAUUAAGCGCGUUGUUAGGGCGGUUGGUGCGGCAGUCGGAGAAAACCCGGAUGACGUCCUUCCGGAGGAUAUUGUCGCUUGA